GAUUUCCGACCCGAAUUUCUCAAUCAAAUGUGCUGCUGCUACCCCGUGCCAAUAUAGUCAAAGCUAGAGCACGAAACCAAAAACUCGAAUCUGCAAGCAAGUCGAUCCCAAAACGAAAACACGUGCUCGGGUCAACCGCCGGCGGCUCCACCAGCUCCGGUGUCGCCACUCUCCACCUACUCCGCCGCCGUCCCCAUCUACAAUUAGCCACUUCCGCUGCGCCGCAGCGGCACAUCCAGCGCCGAGCACCAGCCCGCUCCCGCUCGACACCCAGACCUCACCAAACACAAGUCGUCAACCGGGUGAGGCAUUUCGUCGAGCACACCACGGCCCCCGUCGCAGCCAUGAUCCUCACGAAGCCCCAUCCCUCCUCCCUCGCGGCCCCCUCCGCGGCGCUCCCGAAGCCUGGCCCGGCCGCUAACCGCGUCGCCACGUCCCUACCCUCGUCCAGCUCCCGCCGCCGCGGGGGCGGCCUCCGCGUCUCCGCCGCGUCCGUGGCGGCGGCGCAGCCCACGGCGGCGUCCCCCGCCACGGCGGCGCUGAGCCGCGUGGACGUGCUGUCGGAGGCGCUCCCGUUCAUCCAGCGGUUCAAGGGGAAGACGGUGGUGGUCAAGUACGGCGGCGCUGCGAUGAAGUCGCCGGAGCUGCAGGCGUCGGUGAUCCGCGACCUGGUCCUCCUCUCCUGCGUCGGCCUCCGCCCCGUGCUCGUCCACGGCGGCGGGCCGGAGAUCAACUCCUGGCUGGCGCGCGUCGGCGUGGAGCCGCAGUUCCGCAACGGGCUCCGUGUGACGGACGCGGUCACCAUGGAGGUCGUGGAGAUGGUGCUGGUCGGCAAGGUCAACAAGCAGCUCGUCUCCCUCAUCAGCCUCGCGGGGGCCACCGCCGUCGGCCUCUGCGGCAAGGACGCGCGCCUCCUCACCGCGCGGCCCUCCCGCGACGCGGCCUCCCUCGGCUUCGUCGGCGAGGUGACGCGCGUCGACCCCUCCGUGCUCCACCCAAUCAUCGCGUCGGGCCACAUCCCGGUCAUCGCCACCGUGGCCGCGGACGAAGCAGGGCAGGCCUACAACAUCAACGCGGACACGGCGGCCGGGGAGAUCGCGGCGGCGAUCGGCGCCGAGAAGCUGCUGCUACUCACUGACGUGUCCGGGAUCCUCGCGGACCGCGACGACCCCGGGAGCCUGGUGCGGGAGGUGGACGCCGCCGGGGUGCGGCGGAUGAUAGCGGAGGGGAAGGUGGGCGGCGGGAUGAUUCCCAAGGUGGAGUGCUGCGUCCGCGCCAUCGCGCAGGGCGUGCGCACCGCCAGCAUCAUCGACGGCCGCGUCCCGCACUCGCUGCUGCUCGAGAUCCUCACGGACGAGGGCACCGGAACCAUGAUCACCGGCUGAAGCUUGAAAGCUUACGGUGAGCCGAGUUAUUUGUUUGCGUGAGAGAUUAGUGUUGAAUUGGUGAUGGCCGGAAAUGUUUUGCACACGCACCAAAGUGCUUGUCAACUGAACCAAAGAGUGUAUUGCCGUGACCUGGUGGGCUAUGUUAUUCAUGGACUGCAUCAAAUCAAAUUCAACCUGCAACUUUAUUUAUACAAAGAAA